AUGAAGAACUUUACGGAAGAAAUGAAGAGUGAAAGGAAGGAGAGAAAGAACCACCACGAAGAAAAGAAGAAUCCACCACGCAGCAACAAGCACGCCGCAGAAACAGCUGCGGGGAUUAAAAACUUCACGGAUUCGCUCGGACCGCCAGUGUCGCCGCCGACCACCGCCCGCUCGCCGGCCGAGGAGCCCGACUUCCGGCUGCCCAUCGGCAACGUGACCACUCCGCUGGGCAAGGAGGCCGUGCUGUCCUGCACCGUGGACCAGCUGGGCAAGUACAAGGUGGGCUGGUUGAAGGCGGAGGACCAGACCAUCCUCACGCUGCACAACAAGGUGGUGACGCACAACUCGCGCGUCAGCGUGUCGCGAGACGGCGACCACACCUGGCGCCUGCACGUGCGCCAGGUGAAGGAGGCGGACCGCGGCUGCUACAUGUGCCAGAUCAACACCAACGUCAUGAAGAAGCAGGUCGGCUGUCUGGACGUGCACGUGCCGCCCGACAUCCUGUACGACGAGACGAGCGCCGACGUGGCCGUGCAGGAGGGAGACAACGCUACGCUCAGCUGCCGGGCCAAGGGCCGCCCCUCGCCGCGGCUCACCUGGAGGCGCGAGAGCGGGCAGGACCUGGUGCUGCGCCGCGGCCCCAGGGAGUUCGCCGAAGUGGAGAGCUACAACGGCAGCCUGCUGCACUUCUGGCGCGUGGACCGCCGGCAGAUGGGCGCCUACCUCUGCAUCGCCUCCAAUGACGUGCCUCCGGCCGUCAGCAAGAGGAUCAUCCUCAACGUCAACUUCCCGCCGGUCAUCAAGGUUCCCAACCAGCUGCUAGGGGCGCCACUUGGCACGGACGUGCAGCUCGAGUGCCACGUGGAGGCCUUCCCCAACACCAUCAACUACUGGAUCAAGAACCGCGGGGAGAUGCUGCUGGACGGGCUGAAGUACGCCAUACGGGAGAACCGGUCCUCGUACAAGAUGUACAUGUGGCUGGUGAUCCGCGCCUUCGGUAAGGCCGACAUCGGCACCUACAACUGCGUCUCCACCAACAGCCUGGGCCGGGCGGAGGGGACCCUGCGGCUGUACGAAAUAAAAGUCUACUCCGGCAUCAACCAUGAGUCGGCGGAGAACAGGGUUUCAAUCGUUGGAGGCCUGGCGGAGGCGGCGAGGGGGGACCACGCCAAGGGGGCCGCGAGCAUCUCCGACAGACAGAACAGGACCUGGGGCAGGUGCCCCUCGUCGGCGACCGUCCUCCUGAGCUGCGUGUUCCUCGCCGUGGUCUGCUCCGGCGCGAGGUGA